GACUGAGAAAGGGAUCCUAGCGACGUUGAGUAACCAAGAUGCAGAGACUGUUCGGAAUACUGGUCUGUAUCACCGUGGUUCUGCCGACGACUGCUGCAGUUGUGUUUCGGGUGCUGUCUCAUGAUACCUUGUUGGUGGCAGAAGUGGGAUCAGAUGUUGUCUUGCCAUGUACCCUCUCGCCUCCGCUUAGCCCUGUUGGGCUGGAAGUGCGUUGGUUCCACAAUCUCUAUCACUCUGUGGUCUUCUUGAUGAAAGACGGGAAAGAGGAUAGGCAGCAACAAAGUGCCGAGUACCGUGGGAGAGCUUACCUGCAAGCCGGACCAGACGCAGGCAACCUGUCCCUUUCUCUGCGCAAUGUCCGCCUCUCUGAUGCUGGAAAAUAUCACUGCUUCGUGGAGAACACAAGCAGCUACUCUUAUGAAGAAGCUGUCAUGGAACUUAGGGUGGUUGGGCUAGGUUCCGCACCUCUGGUGGAGGUCACACACCAAGACAGCUCUGUUCUGCUCUCCUGCUCCUCUGACGGUUGGUUCCCGAAACCCCAGAUGCGUUGGGAGAAAGAAAGCCGCGAUGUUGCUACAGAAGUCCAACACAUGAACCGGAGCGAUGGUCUUUUGAGUGUAAAGAGUAACAUUCUCCUGAAAGAUUCCUCUGAGGGUCUCGUUUACUGCGGAGUGAGACAUUCCAUCACCGGCCUCGAGAAGGGGGUCUACGUGAAGAUCUCAGAAGAUAUGUUUCCCCGUCUCUCCUUCUGGGCAGUUUUGUUUCUCCUUCUGCUGGCCAUUUUGAUAGCCGGCUCCGGCACCGCGGCCUGGUAUUUCUACACUUACCGCAAAGCCCAAGAGAGAAAGACCGCCGAAUAUGAAAAAAAACAGGAGCGCCUGAUCCAAGAGAUUGGUGAGUGUCCAAAUACGCAGAAUAAAACAUCUGUAGUAAUGAAUAUAUUCAGUAUUAUUUAUUUUUUCCCCCACUAUUUUACUCUUUUUCUCUUUCCAGAAUGGAGAAAGAUUUCUGCUAUAAAAGAACCUAUUCUGUUUAACUCAGAAAGCGCGUUUCCUGGACUGCUCGUUUCUCCGGACUGCCGCUGCAUUUCGCCCACGGGAAAUCUACAAACGGAGUUAAAUGACGAGCGGUUCGACACAGAGCCGUGCGUCCUCGGGAUACCGCUGUUCGACUCUGGCGUUCAUUACUGGGAGACGGAGAUUCGAGAGCAGGGAAGCAAGUUCUGGUCUGUGGGGGUAGCAAAACAGUCUGUGAGACGGACCGGCGGACUGCGGGAAUCACCUGAAGCCGGAAUCUGGGCGAUGAGGUCAUCUGAAGAUGGAUUUUAUCUCCUUAAAGACGUUGCUGAAAAAAUCCAUCCCUCAGAGACGCCGCGUAUUUUGGGAACUUAUCUAAACUUCGAGGGCGGAGAAGUCGCGUUUUAUAAUGCGGAAACGUUUGAGUGUCUCUGUCGCUUCCGCGAGAACUUUGCCGAGCCGGUGUGUGCCUUUUAUUACGUGGGCUCGGGAAUCACAUUUUUGUUGAAUCCAGAAGAACCGGCAAUCCCAUUUAUAGCCCAACAACAGCUGCAAGGUUUUCAUGAACCAGACUUGGUCAACGAGGACGUUUUAUAG